CAACAAUUAUAAAAUUGAAAAUUUUAUAUAGAAAUUUGUGAAUUGCUUAAAACAAAAAAACUUAAAAACAAAUCCAUUGAAAAGACGAUACAUUUAUGAACAGAAUGUGUGUAAAAGUAUUCUUUAAUAUGAUGCUGCUAACGGCUUUUCUAACACGCGUGAGAACCACUGAAAUACCGGACGAUGGCAAAUUACGUCUCUGUAUAGUGGAGUCACGUGGCAUUUAUCGUAAAACACCCAAAUUUUGCCCAACUUUAGAAGCUACUAGCAAUAUAGAAUGUGUAGUUGGGGUUGAUCGCCUGGACUGCGUGCGUCGCAUACAUAAGGGCACAGCGCAUUUUGGAGUUUUAAGUUCUGAAGACUUAGUAGCAGCAAGAUGGGCUAGCGUGGAAAUUUUAGUAGCAAGUGAGUUGCGAUUACAUAAUGCGCCUUUUGAAUAUGAAAUAGUCGCAGUGGUGGACAAUGAAGCCGACAUUCAUACAGUUCAUGAUUUGCGUGGCGCCAAACUUUGUCAUCCGGGUUACGGCUUAGAAAACCAUUGGACCGAAAUCCUGGCAAAUUACUUUGAAUCUACUCUGAUUUCAAAAUCCUGCGACUCCGGGAUAUCGUUAACGGAAGAUAAAAUUCGCGCAUCUGCCAGAUACUUUGGUCCUAGCUGCAAGGCAGGCCCUUGGGUUCCAGAUCCAAAACAAGAUCGCCUACUGAAAGAUCGAUAUCCGUCGCUCUGUCAAAUGUGUUAUGAUUCAUACAGAUGUGAUAUAGGUGAUAAACAUUGGGGUAGACGUGGAGCGCUGUACUGCUUAACUAGCGGCGGUGGCAAUGUGGCGUGGGCUCGCUUGGAUGAUGUAAAAAGUCAUUUUGGAUUAACAGGCCUAACAGCUCAAGCAGAAAUAUCAGAGUACAGUUAUUUGUGUGCCGAUGGUCAUCUACAACCCAUCAAUACAACCCGACCUUGUGUUUGGGUAGCUAAGCCUUGGCCAGUGGUAGCAGCCCGUCGUAACCACGCGGCUCAGGUGCAAGCUUUAAUAACUGGCUUAAAUCAUGACGAUUCCAAAAGCUGGCAGAACGCACUUUUAAGUCUUUUGGAAACCUAUCAUAUAGACAUUGUACCCCUAGAUAAUGUGAUACCCAUAGAUGAUUAUUUGGAUCAAGCACCCGCCUACCAAAGUGCCUAUAGUUUUCCCGAAUGCAAUCCUCCAAGAUCAGUAGUGUUUUGCACGACUUCUAUAAUACAGCAUAUUAAAUGCUCUUGGCUCCAAGAAGCCUCACAAGUCUAUGGAGUACAACCUAACAUUCAAUGUAUUCGAUCACCAGCUUUGAGCAACUGUUUGGAUGACGUAAAAUAUAAAACAGCUGACGUCGUUUUGGUGGAUCAUGAAAACCGUAUAAGAGCCCAAAGGGAUUUCGAUUUAAUACCUCUGCUGUAUGAAUUCUCGCAGGGUAUGCACCAACGUUAUGUUACAAUAGCCAUAGUACGCAAAGAAGCGAAAUUGGAAAACUUUAGCCAAUUAAAAGGCGUAAAAGCAUGCUUGCCGUCUUACGAAGGACCCGCUUAUCUUUCAGUAACGCAUACUAUCGCUAAUAAAACUGGACAAGUAACUGCUUUACAUCAUUUCUUUCACCGAAACUCAUGCACUUGGCAUCCUAAGCAAAAAAACAAAUGUCCCGAACACUAUAAAGGAGAUGAAGGAGCCUUCCGUUGCUUAGCCGAAGGGAAUGGCGACGUAGCGUUUUUAAGCUCCUCCGUAUAUAAACAGUAUAUGGUGGGGAACUUAACGUCCCCGUGGUUGCAUAAAAUUGGUCACAAAUCAUUUAAAGUAUUAUGCCCCUACGGUGACAACGAAAAACGUUCUAAAUUUGAAUAUUGUUAUUUGCAUUGGACAACGCGCGGUCAUCUUAUGACCCAUAAAAAUACUCUAAUUAGACAUAACGAAAUUUAUAACACCUUAAAAGAUAUGGAUGCGCUAUUUGGAAAGAAAUACAAAACUGAGACGAGACCUUUUACGAUGUACGGUAUUUUUGAUCAAAAGCAUAAUAUCAUAUUUAGAGAUGAAACUGACGGUCUCAAAGGUCUACAAGAUCUGAGGAAAGAUGAAAACCGAAGAAUGAUGGAGGAAAUCUUUGAACGAUAUAUAAAAGAAGAAUAUCAACUGCUACAAGAGAACGCUGGCCAGACUAAUCGGAAAAGCAAGUAUGUCGUAAUAGGCGUAAUAGGUUUACUGUUAAGGUUAGGAAUGCAGUAAAUAAACAAUUCUUCUAUGAUCACACAUGAUAUCUAAUCUUUAUAUGU